AAACACAAUAUACACUUUAGUACCUUAGUAAAUGGCUGGACGAACGAUGCUCUUAGUGUUGCCUAGCUCAAGCAAGUGUUUGAUCGCCAUACAAGAGUGAGGGCGCGAGGGAAGUACAGACUCUUGAUCCUUGAUGGCCACGGCAGCCACGUCACGCAGGCCUUUAUUGAAUACGCUCAUGCCAACAAGAUUCUGCUACUUAUAUUCCCUCCGCAUGCUACUCACGCGCUUCAGCCGCUUGAUGUGGCGUGCUACAGGCCGUUGGCGCAGCACUACUCUGAUGAGCUCCUUCAUCGCGGCCACACCACCAAGGGGUGGGUACCUGUGGCUCAGGCUGACUUCUUCCCGCUUUUUUGGGCAGCGUGGAAGAAGACCUUCACUAAAUACCUUGUUGUACAGGCCUUUAAGUGCACUAGGAUUCACCCACUAGAUUCUAACGUCGUGCUCAAGAAGUUCAGAAACCUAACACCAAAGUUGCCUAGCACAACCCCAGAGCCUACUCAGCUUCAGCCUGCACUAGAAUCACCUAGUUGGCGCAAGACGUCGCGGCUUCUUAAGCGUGCAAGAGAAGAUAAUAUACCUAGUGCUGCUGAGGCAGUUAAUUAAGCCCUUUACUAACUCCACGUGCGAUUAGAGAUCUUAGAGGCUAGGGUUAACAGCCUAGAAGAGGCUCUAAAGGCUAAUAAGAAUAAGAAGAGGAAGUAGAAGGUACUACCUUUGCAACCUAUUAAUAGUAAUAAGGGUGGUGGUGUAGUUCUC